UGCGUUACGGUUAAAUAGUGGGCGCAGGAGCGGCCGCCGCGGCGCUCGGAGCCGGGCAGCGCAGGGAGGCGGCGGCGGGGCUGGGGGGCCGCUGGGCAGGGGACGGGCGGGCUCCAUGGCGCGGCGCGGCUUCCUGGGCGGCAGCGCCUCGCUCCUGUGAGAGACGCUUCCCCGCCGGGACCGAGCGGAGCUUGGCCGCGGCCGGUGCCGGGCGGAGCGGGGCCGCGUCUGCCGGGCGCGCCGGGGCUUGGGGCGGGCGGCGGCGGCCGGGGCACCUCCGCCUCUAUGAUGAAGCUGAAGCCGAACCAGACGCGGACCUACGACCGGGAGGGCUACAAGAAGCGGGCGGCGUGUUUGUGCUUCCGCAGCGAGCGGGAGGACGAGGUGCUGUUAGUGAGUAGUAGUCGGUACCCAGAUCAGUGGAUUGUACCAGGUGGAGGAAUGGAGCCAGAGGAGGAACCAGGAGGUGCUGCAGUCCGAGAGGUUUAUGAAGAGGCUGGAGUAAAGGGAAAACUAGGCAGACUGCUGGGGAUAUUUGAGCAGAACCAAGACCGGAAGCAUAGGACUUACGUUUAUGUUCUUACAGUGACUGAAAUAUUGGAAGACUGGGAGGAUUCAGUUAAUAUAGGAAGGAAAAGAGAAUGGUUUAAAGUAGAAGAUGCUAUCAAGGUUCUUCAGUGUCAUAAGCCUGUUCAUGCAGAAUACCUGGAAAAACUGAAACUGGGCUGCUCCCCAACCAAUGGGAAUUCUGUGGUCCCCAAUCUUCCUGAUAACAACUCUUUAUAUGUCACUUCUGCACAGACUUCUGGGUUGCCCUCUACUGUGAGAUAAAAAUUUGGAUACCUUUUUAUUCGUGCGCCAUCACAAGGUGGAGGAGGGGGGAAUGUAUUUGUGUUCACAUGCAGACAUCUUUGACUGUCAGUCCUCAGCAAAAUGUGUGAAUACAUCAUAACAUUCAGACACUAACUUCUUUUUUCCUUUUAACAAUGUAAAAUAGUAUUUCAGCAAACUAAAGCCAUAUAUGGAAUUUUUUUAAGAUGCCUUAACUGGCCAGUUUUAAAAAACUAUCAAUAUAUAAACUUACACAUCUGCUAAAAAUAACAAACAUCUGGGUUAAAUAGAACUUAUUCCAGAUUUUGGUUUAAUUUUUUUUAGUCAAGUAGUCUUUAAAAAAAAAAUUUAGUGGGAAAAUUCUUGAACAAAUGGCAGUAACGUUUCUCUUAAACUUCCACUCAAAAUGUACAAUUAAAGUGCUAGAUGACCUCUAAAAUACUACCACUAUCUGGGAAACUGAGCAUACUAUUCAGCUUAGAUACAUAAUCAUGACUACAAUAAAGCACUAAAUACAUCCAGCCAAUCACAGCAAAGGAUUCAAACAUCAAGCAACAUUUUUCCCUUUGUUACCUUGACCUAUGGAAUCUUAACAUACAAAAUGUAGUUGACAGCUUGAGCAAAGAUUCGAAAAAGAGGCUCAACCAUUGAUGCUCUGUUGCUACAAUUCCAAAAGCUGUUCAAAGACUUUUUUGUAGUACUUGGCCAAAGAUGCAAGAAAUUCAUAAUUGUAGAAAGAGGUACAUGAAAACUGAAAACAUGCUGCCGCCCCCCUCAAUGAUCAUUAAGUGUUGCCUUCCUCUGAUAUCCUAGCAUUCAUUUUGCUGAUGGUGCAAUCCCAUAGUUUUCUAAGAUUGUUCAAUUAGUAAAAAAUAGCAUCAGUUUCUUCCAGUUUUGAGUCUCUUGUAGCUUCUGUGGCAUAGAAGAAUAAAGUACAGUGUUUGGAAGAAAAUUAUACCUAUAAGGGAACAAUGUGGCUAGGUCUAAGUCCAUUAGCAAACUCGUAAUCAAGAGGAAAUGGCACUGUGGACUAGGAGCAGAAAGUGCUGGUAUUGACAUUUGUUAUACCAAAAUUUUUGUUACCUUAUUAAUGACUAUGCUGGAUAUCCCAAUUAAAGUUGUAAUACUAAAAAUAUUUUUGAUCGUUCAAAAUAACUGCUUUUGCUCUCUGAAGUGAAAGUAGAGCUAAUGCUACAACUUAACUGGAGUAAACUUGGGACAGCAUCCUGUCAUAAUUACCAUUCAUCACCCCCCCUCUCCCCCCCCCGUACCUGUCAACCAAAAAGGAUGGAAACUGAACUUAACCAGGGGUCCCAAACAUGUUCUUGCCACUGUGCCAUUAAGACAGUUUUCUACAAAGAAUGCCAUCUAGCUCAUGCAGAUACUUUUGGAAUUUUUAGGAUCUAAAUAUUAAUUCCAGCCACCUCUUUCUGGGCAGAAAGCCAAAACUGAGGUUGGGGUAAACGUUGUGUGUCUUGUGAAGGCUGUUUUGGGUAAACUCAUUCUUUUACAUAGCAUUUGAACCCUUUGUAAAUAGUCCAACUGGUAAAUAGUGAGUGUAAAAUGGAAAGUAAAUGUAAUUUAAACAUUUUGUUACUCAAUACACAACUUCUACUUUUUUAGCACAAAUUGUGUAAAAUGCUGCUAUAAAUUAAACUUCUGCGUGCUGUUACACUUUUUUAGGAAAAUAUUGGUGCCACAAGUGAUCCUUUUUGAAAAAUGAGAUCUUUGUGCCAUAUAUAAAUGCAUUUAAACCAUGGAUAGUAAUGUUUGAGGUUUCACCUCAUGUAAACUGCUCUUUGAAGAGGCCAUAAGUACUACUGAUUAGAGAUGGCCCUGAACAUGAGCCAAAAAACAGAAGCUGCCUGAACUUUGAGGUGGGAUGUUUUUUAAAUCCCUAGAUCAGCACUAGCCCUAUGGUUCUAGUUCCAGGUCUCUUCUAAAACCGGAAGAGCAGGCAUGUCUUCUAUGUAUAGUUCAGAUGCACCACAAAAUGGUGGAAUCAUCAUGAACAGUUGAUCUCAUGAGACUUCAGGUAUUUGAGGGCCAAAAUCUCAACAAUUCAUGAGAUUUUAAACCCAUUUUAAUUCUUCUGAUCUAAACACCACCAACAUUGCCUAGCUUUUGUCCUGAAGGGCUUACAAAAUUGAAAAGAGACUUACUAACUAAAACAUCUAGAUAGCUGAAGUCAGGUGCUUUGAAAAGAAUGUCUAAUGUACAAUGACAGAAUGGUUUAAUGGUAAUAGAAACAUCAGAUUUUUAAGUUGAUCUACUCUCUUUUUGAAACCGUGAACCAUUUAAUGUUUGUCAUGUACAUUGACACAUUUUUGUGCAGUAGUCAUUAACACAUUAAACUGAGCUCAUAACUGUGAGCCUUUUGAGAAGUUUUUGUUUGUACAACAUAAUCCAUGAAACUACAUACAAAAGUCCAAAGUAGUUACUUAGAAGCAGUUAUGAACUAGAAGCCAUCUCAAAACAGUUUCAGACUCCUGGAAUUAAAAGAAAACUCAUACUUGUAUAAGAUAUUAGUGGUAAUGCAUGAUCUUAUUUUGUAGCUCUCAAUGUAUUUGAUAACUGUGUAAAAAUGUACAGAAUUGCUGUUGCUAACAAACUGUUGAUUGCCUAUAAAUAUUUUAAUAUUUUGGUUGCACACAUUUGGACUGUUAAUAGUGCCACAUGAAUUCUUAAAUGCCAUUUGUUGUACAGAUCUCUUCAGUCUCUAUGCAGCUUUCAAAAUGAAGCCCUGUAUUGUUCAAUUUGAUUUCCUAUGCUUUUCUAUUCACAGAACUUUGAAGUAUGUGACAGUAAAGGUAAACUGAUAAUACUGUGCAGGCUCUUGCUUUAAGUAUGCUACAGGAAACCAUGCUAGCAAAUUCCUUUUGUAUGUUUGAGUCUUUUAACAGGCUAAGUGAACCCUAAAGUUAAAUUCUACAGCAAUGGAUGGUGUAAAACUUGGGAUAAGGAGGAUAAAAUUUUGCAUCAGCUCCUGCUGUCAAGAUUAUAUAUAGAAGCAUAUUACUGCCAGCAGUUUCCUCACGUUCUUACAAAGGUUUCCAGUUUAGUUUAUGAAGUAACUAGUGGUGGUUUUAUAGCUUACUGUGAUGCAUUAUUUGUGCAAAUAGGACUAGAAUUUACAUUUUUAAUCCCUACCCCAGUGAGCUGCUGGCAGCUCUGAUGCUUGCCUGGCUGUGUGAACAGAAAAAGGAAUCUGAUUUGCAUCCAUGGUCUUCCUGUAGCAGCCAUGGUUUGGGAUCAUCAUGACCUAAGAUGAAAUAGAUGUGAUAUGUUAUUGCCAAUGGAAAUAGCUUCAGCUCCACCUGAAUUGGAAGUUUUGUUACAAUAAAUACCUACUUAAAAAUUGAUGUUUUAACACUGCAAAAGUAUCAAGUGUAUUGCACAGAGACUGUUAAAGUGAAAAGCAUAAUUUGGUGACUUACUGCAUGCACACUAACUUUGCCCAAAGUUAGCCUAUUGACAAGUCACGGUGGAGAAAAUCGAAAGGAAAAACCUAGUUGGUUUGUUUAUCAACAUGGUUCUGAGAAGAGAAAUUUGAAGGAAAAUCCCCUAACAAAUUGUAAACAUUUUGAACUGCUUGCAUGGAUUUUCUUUAAAGAUUGAUGUAAGAAUUUUGACUUUUUAUAUUUGAGAUAAAUAUCAAAAUAAAAUCUGAACUAGU